CACUAAUUCUGCUCCACAACAACAAAAAGCAAAGCCGAAAACGGUACAAGUGGCUUUGUAAAUUCCAAUAUAAUUUUAUAAAAUAAACAAAAUGUCCAAAGACGAAAAGGAAAAAACGCAGAUAAUCGACAAGGACCUGGACCUGUCCAACGCCGGACGCGGUGUAUGGUUGGUGAAGGUGCCGAAAUAUAUUGCCCAGAAAUGGGAGAAAGCGCCCACGAACAUGGACGUGGGCAAGCUGCGGAUUAACAAGUCUCCUGGCCAAAAAGCACAGGUGUCACUCUCUCUCACGCCCGCCGUUUUAGCCCUGGAUCCUGAUGAGAAGAUUCCCACGGAGCACGUGUUGGACGUGUCACAGGUCACCAAGCAAACACUCGGGGUAUUCUCACAUAUGGCUCCAUCCGAUGGCAAAGAGAACUCUACUUCAACAGGGCAGUCAGAUAAUGAAAAGUUGUACAUGGAGGGCAGAAUUGUCCAGAAGCUGGAGUGCCGACCCAUCGCCGACAAUUGCUAUAUGAAGCUAAAACUGGAAUCUAUACGUAAGGCAUCGGAGCCGCAGCGCCGAGUCCAGCCCAUCGACAAGAUUGUUCAGAACUUCAAACCUGUCAAGGAUCAUGCACACAAUAUCGAAUAUCGGGAGCGUAAGAAGGCCGAGGGCAAAAAGGCGCGAGACGAUAAGAAUGCUGUGAUGGACAUGCUUUUCCACGCCUUCGAAAAGCACCAAUACUAUAAUAUCAAGGAUCUGGUCAAAAUCACCAACCAGCCCAUCAGCUAUCUCAAGGAGAUUCUAAAGGAUGUCUGUGAUUACAACAUGAAGAAUCCGCACAAAAACAUGUGGGAGCUUAAAAAGGAAUAUCGCCACUACAAGACUGAGGAGAAGAAAGAGGAGGAGCAUAAAUCCGGCAGCAGUGAUUCGGAAUAGAAUUUUAAUUAAAACGUAUUUAAGUGAUUGCAUGAUUUUGUUUUAUUUCGUCAGAGCUUAUGUUAUACUUAUGAAAAAACAUUAUACCUUACACUGAUUGUAAAUAGACAUUCGCUUGCACUCUGCUAAAUACAUACAUAUAUACACUGUA